CUUGUGCCGUCUGCAGUUCACCGUUACUGUCAAAGAUGGCGGAUAUAAAUGCGAGUCCGAGAGGUUUCGCUCGUCGGGGAGCGUUACGGCAAAAGAAUGUGCACGAAGUGAAGAAUCAUAAGUUUGUGGCGAGGUUUUUUAAACAGCCAACGUUCUGCAGUCACUGCAAGGAUUUUAUCUGGGGUUUCGGAAAACAGGGAUUCCAGUGUCAAGUGUGCAGUUUUGUGGUACAUAAGCGCUGUCAUGAGUUUGUGUCGUUCAACUGCCCCGGAGCCGACCAUGGACCCGACUCUGAUGCAACCAAUCUGCACAAGUUCAAAGUGCACUCGUAUGGCAGCCCCGCCUUCUGUGACCACUGUGGAUCCCUACUGUACGGCCUCCUACACCAGGGCCUCAAGUGUGAUUCCUGUGAUAUGAACGUACACAAGCGAUGUGAAAUGAAUGUACCAAAGCUGUGUGGAAUUGACCAUACAGAAAGACGAGGUCGAAUCGAUGUCAAGGUCGUACACUCCAAUGGCAAGCUGCUAGUAGAAGUUAGAGAAGCAAGAAACUUGCCCCCUAUGGACCCUAAUGGACUAGCUGACCCCUACUGCAAAGUGAAACUGAUUCCUGAUGAAAGUAACAAGACGAAGAAGAAGACGAGGACAGUGAAGGCAACUCUUAACCCAAUAUGGAACGAACCAUUUUCUUUUGACCUUACACCAGAAGAUGCUGCGAAAAGACUAUCACUGGAGAUCUGGGAUUGGGAUCGGACCUCUCGUAACGACUUCAUGGGGUCGUUGUCGUUUGGUAUAUCGGAAGUGAUGAAGAAUCCAGCCGACGGCUGGUUCAAGUUGCUAAGUCAGGAGGAGGGAGAGUUUUACGGAAUACCUGUCAGUGAUGAAGUCGAACCCUCAAUGGAAGAGCUCAAAAACAAGCUUCAAGUUCAGAGGAAAGAGCAAAAUGAAAGAAGAACAAUUCCUUCUGAUAAUGCAAAGAACAUGAGUCGGCAAGACAUAGUGAGGGCGAGUGAUUUCAACUUUUUAACAGUGCUAGGCAAAGGUAGUUUUGGCAAGGUAGUUUUAGCAGAAAGGAAAGGCACAGAUGAACUUUAUGCAGUGAAAAUAUUGAAGAAGGAUGUGAUUAUUCAGGAUGAUGAUGUUGAAUGUACAAUGAUAGAAAAACGGGUUCUUGCCCUUCCAAACAAACCACCAUUCCUUGUUCAGCUCCACUCUUGUUUCCAAACCAUGGAUCGUCUCUACUUUGUGAUGGAGUACGUGAAUGGUGGUGAUUUAAUGUAUCGAAUUCAACAAGAAGGAAAAUUCAAAGAGCCAGUAGCAGCAUUUUACGCAGCAGAAGUAGCAGUCGGUCUUUUUUAUUUACAUUCACAAGGAAUAAUUUAUAGAGAUUUGAAGCUAGAUAAUGUGAUGUUGGACUCUGAGGGACAUAUCAAAAUAGCAGAUUUUGGAAUGUGUAAAGAGGGAAUAAUGAGUGAUCAAACAACUCGAACAUUCUGUGGUACACCUGAUUAUAUUGCUCCAGAGAUUGUCUUAUAUCAGCCGUAUGGCAAGUCCGUGGACUGGUGGGCCUUCGGAGUGUUGUUAUAUGAAAUGCUGGCAGGCCAGCCACCGUUUGAUGGCGAGGAUGAGGAGGAGCUGUUCACAUCAAUCACAGAUCACAAUGUGUCUUACCCAAAGGCAAUGUCGAGGGAAGCUGUAUCCAUAUGUAAAGGGCUGCUGACGAAGAAUCCAUCGAAACGACUUGGGUGUAAUGCUACCGGGGAGCGGGAAAUCAAAGACCACGCAUUCUUCAGGCGAAUUGUUUGGGAGAAGAUCGAAUGCCUUGAGAUCCAGCCACCACAUAAACCGAAAAUUGACGGAUGCGACAACAGAUAUCCGAAAAGCCGAAAGGAUGUGAGCAACUUUGAUCGUGAGUUCACCUCCGAGCCCCCGAAACUGACACCCACAGACAAACUGUUUAUCAUGAAUCUUGACCAGACGGAGUUCUCUGGUUUCAGCUACGUGAACCCAGAGUUUGUUGUCACUGUAUAGUGUGAAAUCGUCAAGUCCUGACCCAUAUCACAUGACACACUGACACAUCGACACACCGACACAUCAUGUUACACUCGUCAUCAUCUUAAAGGCAUACGUGAAUAUUUUGUGUGUGCUUACUUAAUCAUCUUUCUUGCCAGAAUGGAAGCUAUUUAAAUGAUCAGCCAGGUCAGUGAAUAUAUUGACCUAUGGUAUAUAUGGUUACAUCCUAUGAAGGUUCUAGGAUAUAUCUGUUCAAGUUCCAAGGGAAAUGUGUUCAAGAUUGGUCUUCAAACAAAACAAAAACUUACCAGAUUUAUGAAUGGAAUCACAAUCUGAAUGGAUUUAAAGCUGGAAAAUGCAGAAUGUUUUUAAUAAUUUGAAUGGAUCCUACUAUUGGGAAAAUGUUUUUCUCUGUAGAGGUCUCAAUGUUUUUAAUACUGAUGGGGAAAAAGGUGAACAAAAACAAUGGAUUUAUCGAAGGAAUCCCAAUCUGAAAGGAUUUAAAGCUGAAAAAUGCAGAAUGUUUUUAAUAAUUUCAAUGGAUCUAAUAUUGGGAAAAAAAAAUUCUCUGUAGAUGUCUCAAUGUUUUUAAUACUGGGUGGGGAGCUGAAUCUUUACCCACAAACUGUAUGGGUCUAAUAGUGACUAAAGAAAAAUGUUUAACCACAAAUUGAAUGGAUUUGAUACUGCAAAAGUGCAUAAUCUUUAAUUACAAUUUCAAUCAAUUUCAUUCUUGAAAAUAACAAUUUGAAUGGAUUUAUGGUAAUGUUGGUAUAGGGACUCUGUUUAAUUACAUAAUGAAUGCAUUAAAUACUAUAAAUUUGUAGAAUCUUUAGCCAUGUAGUUUGAAUGGACUGAUUCCUGGAAAAUACAUUAUUUGAAGAAAAAGAAUCUGAAUGGAUUUAAUACUGGAACAUGCAGAAUCUCUAACCACAGUUUGGACGGAUUAAAUAUGUGAAAACUACAGAAUUUAUAACUAAUUAUUUUAAUCACAUGUUUUUCAGUUUACAGGAUUUUUAACCACUGUUUGGAUUUAUUUAAUACAGGAAAACUAUAGAUACAUUAACUUUUUUGUGACAUUUUUUCAGUAUAUAAAAUCUCUAACCACAGUUUGCAUUGAUUUAAUAUGGGAAAACUAUAGAAAUAUUUUUGUUUUGGUGACAUGUUUUUCAGCAUACAGAAUCUCUAACCACAGUUUGGAUUCAUUUAAUAGUGGAAGUGCAAAGAAAUCACCAUAACUAUCACUUUCAACAAUUUCCUAGUAUAAAAUUCAGAAUUUGCAAGCACAGUUUGCAUGGAUGUAUAUGGUACUGAAAAACUAGUGCAUCUCUGUAACUGUUAUUUUCAUUAGUUUUCCAGUAUGAAAUUCAGAAUUUCUAACCACAGCAUAGAUAAUACUGGAAAAUUAAAUAAUCUUUAUAUCUAAUACUUUUAACAUUAGUUCUUCAAUAAUGUGUAUGGAUUACUUGUAAAUAGUUAUAAUGUGGUAUAAAAACAGAUUAAUGAUUGUCAUUGUCAGUAAAUAUUAUUUUAAGAUGGACUAAACCAGGCUGUAAUUUUAAUGGAUGUAUAUUUAUUUUACAAUAGUUGUGUGAAACAAAAUAUUGGUUGGUCUGAAGAUAAAACGGGAAAGAAAACAGCCAAAUUGAGAUAUAAAUGUUUUUUGCAAAUUUUCAACAGGCUAAGGCAACUGUUGUAUGUGUGUUUACAAGUCUACAGAACUUAUUUAUCAUGUUUAUUUUGUCUGAAAAUAUAGUAUAAUUUACCUGCAAAAGUUGUUUUUAUUUAAGCAGAAAAUUUUAUUGCUUUGUUGUUGAAAAUGUGGCUAACAUUUUAUUUGGCCUUUUUACAAUGCCAUGUUCUAAAAAUAAAGACAUUUUACUCUCAUUUACACAUCAACCAUUUUAAAAUUUAUCAAUGUGCAUAUUACCUGGAUUUUUUAAAUUGUUUAUAUAUUGACAUAUAAAUGCAUGUAGUGUAGUGUAUUUUUCAUUAACCAAAAUGUUUCAUAGUUUACCUAAUUAUCUCUCUUUAUCUUAGAUUAUACAAAACUUAGUAUAGACUCUUUUCAUGUUGACUCGAAUGGAACUUUUUAACAAGAAUUUACUAAUACAGUUAAUAAUAUAUUUUUUUUUUUUUAUAAUUUAAUUGUAGUUUGAGAUGCCUAAAUUUUUUUUAAUUAAUAUGCCCAAAAAAAAAAGAAGAUAAAUGUAUAUACCAAAAACAAAGAUAAUACAUUUUAUUUGCCUAGACUCAAUACAAAGAUACAUAUGAUUCUUUUGGAUAUAAUAUAAUGAUUAUGAAAGUUACAAUGGCUAUACAGUUAGAAUGGUUUCUUUAAGCUCACAAACAUGCCAGCUAUACCAUCAAAUCAGUAAAGCUCCAUGACAAACUGCAACUUUUGUGUGUGGGUGUGGGUGUGGGUGUGGGGGGGGGGGGCUAUUUUAAUAUAAUUAUCUCCCUUGGUAAUAUUUGCUAGAGAAGCCAAUUAAUAUAUGUUAUAUACAGUGUUAUGUAUUCAGUUAUAAUCAUGUUCAGUUAUAUGAGUAACUACUUUUAAUAGUUCAAGAGCCUUUUAAAGUUAAAACUAAUUGAAAAAAGUGUUUUCAGUAUAUGCACAAUUGCUUUUCUAGUUGUAUUCCCAUGACCAUAUAAUCAUGACCAAGUUUCUUUGACGACCAGAACCAUGAGAUAAAAAUGAUAUCACAUGAAAAGGGUCUAUAUUAAUUAUUUACACUGUGUAGCAGAUGCUAUACCAUAAUGUUAACAUGGUGCUUUUACCUCUGUGAUGUAAUACUCCUUGUGUGCCCAUUGUUUGUUGGUUUUGGGGUUUUUGUUUUUCUCUCUAAAUGUUGAAAAAGACUUGAUAUGUCUACAUUUUGACCAUUGUUUAUUGAAGGUUUUCCAUAUUGUGAAUUCAGUGUUCAAACAACAGUGGUUGGCAGAGCUUGUGUAUAAUAAAUAUAUGAUAAGAAGUAAUGUUUUUAGCUCUCAAAUUCCCUGUGGUUGCAAGUGAGGGUUUUACAUUACCGUAAAUCAUGAAAUAUUUGCCAACAGAAAAUUAAUGGAAAAGCAAAACAUUCAGAUAUUACAUUAUAAUAUUUUAGUUAAGCACUAUAUACAGUUCCACACCUUGGUAUUCAAAUAAUGCUACAGUCAGACCUGUUUUAAGCAACCACUUGUUUUAAGAGGCUGUCUUGCUAUUAUCAUAGAUAUUGGGCAACAUUCUGUUUUCAAAAUUGAAAAUGGCGACAGUUGUAAUCAGUGAAAAAUUUAUUAGCAAAUACUGUUUAACCUUUUAGAAUUACAUAGCGGUUUCUGAAACUAGUGUAGCAAAUUAUGAAACAAUACUUUGUAAAAUGUUCCAUAUACAUAGGAUUUCUUACUAUUCUCAAAAAUAAUACAAGCAGCUAUUUGACAUAUUGAUUAUUUCCAUAGGUGACUACUUACAACAGGUUUGACUGUACUAGGUUUUUUUUACAUUAAACAAGUAGUAACUAUUUUUACACGAAAUCUUAGACCUACGCAUUAAAAUCAUGAUAUUAUGAUAGAUUAUAUAGAAUAUGUUUUCUGCUGUGGAUUGUCACUACAUGUACAUGUGUAUAUAUAUAACCAGAUUUUUAACAGAAAUUUUAUAAAUUCGCUAAGUUGUAUUUAAAAUUUAUUUUAGCAGAUUUGUUUUGUACAUAUUAGUAGUCUAAAAUCAAAAUGCUUUCUUUUUAUUUUAUUCUUUAUUGCUACAACAAGUUUUUAUGUACAGUAAUUAGAAUAGUAAUCAAAAACAUUACCAAAGUUUUAAUGUUCAUUUUUAACUUGGCUGACCUUACUUGAGCAGUUGAGUUCAUUUGGUGUCUAUAUUAUUGGUGGAUAGUCGGUUUUAAACUUCUCUUAAAAACCAAAAGUCUCGAGCAGUGUGGAUAACGUAUUGCUUAGCAGGCCUACAUGAAACAAUGGGAGUGUGGUGAUUGAGGCCCCAAAUCUAAGCAUUAAGUGGUAGAUUCCUCAGUAACAUUCAGGGGCAAAUUUCACAAAACAUCAUAAGUUUGCAUCUGCGACUAGCAGUUAUAUCUAUUAUAUAUUUACAAGUGUUUGGCAUCUAUUUCAGGAAGAAAAUUACAUCAUUACAGAAAACAGAGCAUUUU